UGUAAGAAAACAGAAAAUGACGCGAAUUUUUUGUCCAGUUAAAUCGUUAAAUGUUCACUUCGCCUUAUAAUCUCUAUAUGAUAUAUAAUGCUAUAUAAGUAUAUAUAUAUAUUCUUGGAAAUUCCCGCUACUAAUCAACGUAUGUGCAAAUCUUCGGACGUUGAAAGGCCAGAUUGACACUUUACGGAAUAAAUGGAGAAAACAGAGCUACAGCCUACAGACAGCCGGAAAAUAGCCAUACCUAAUCUACUAAACCCCACUACAUAACCUAAAUAUGUACUGUUGUCAGAUCUUGAUAGGUUAAUUGAGUCAUCGGCUUCAGAACAGUUUCUUUAUGCACGCUAUGUAUGUUGGUAUCAGUGAUUCACAACAGCUUGACUGUUUGGAGCAAACCCAAAGGAAAUUUAAUAUGCAAAUUGUAAUAUCUGAAUAACUGGUCGGCAACAAGAGUAAGUUGUUCUGGUUAUCUUCACCAUGACGUCUCCAAAAUCAGAACGAGGGGCGACAUAUAUGUCCAACCAGGAUUUGAAAUCAGCCAGCAAGAUGGCCUCAAUGCUAGGAUACGACAUGUACGCCGAUAUAUUAGCAAGCACAAUUACGUGCCUUGACACCCCUGCUAAUGUUGGUAUAUUCGCUGGAUGGGGGAGUGGAAAAUCGUAUUUAAUGAAAAAAAUUAGAGACGUCUUAAUUGAAAAGUCCCGUCGGUAUCCAAUCACAAAAGGAAGGCCUCUUCUAUGCAUUUGGAUGUUAUGGCGCCUCAUCUUCUUUGAUCCACCGGAAGCGCUAAAGAGAAGUAACGAAGUUCGUUUUAUUCCAGCUUAUUUUAACGCGCUGGAAUAUGCAGGAUCGGAUCAUUUAUGGGCAGGACUUGUCACACGUUUGGUAGGAGCGGUCGAGAUGGGAAUAGGAAUUCUUCCGUCCGCUAUAUUUCGGGCAAAACAUCCUCCAAGAAUGAAAUUAGAAUGCUACACCUCAAGCAAGCGAGAUAAGAUUCGUUUUACUCCAAAGACUUUAUGUGGAAGCAAGAUUCCUGUUUACUCUGUCUUCAUCUUCAUUAUUCUUGCAGCCUUCGGAUGUGGGAUUUCACUACUCUCAUUUGCUUUCAACCGGCAAGCAUACCUUUUGGAGGAAUAUGAAAAAGAUCUGAACGGGACCGUUGGAACCGCACCACCUUCACUCGGAAAUAAUAAAACAAUACAUCCAUUGGCUAUUGGAUCAAUUAUUCUAUCUGUUCCUAUUGUUGCAUUUUUAAAAGAUACGUUGCCAGUUAUCUUGAAGAUAAUAAACUCACAAAAAGCACAUAUUCAGAAAAUUUUAUCAAAACCAGAUUUUUCAAAAGAACUUGGUGUCAUGGCAAAAAUAAAAGACGAAAUAAAACAUUUAUCCAGACUUGUACAUUUCAUGGAGUUAUUUGAGCAACGGCGAAUCGUGAUCGCAAUUUUUAUUGAUGAUCUGGAUAAACUUCCACAACAAAAUAUCGCUCCUUUACUUCAAGCAAUCAAAAUACUUUUGUCCGAUCCAAAUUCGAGAUUUGUUUCAAUCAUUGCGAUUGAUCCAUAUUCUGUGUCUGAUGCAUUAGAGAUGGGAAUACAAUCAGAAUUUCCAGCAAUUAAUAUCAGUGGACACAAAUUUUUGAAACAAAUGAUUCAAGUUCCGUUUUCUAUACCAGCUAUGAGUGCGGAAGAGAAAUCUCAUCUUUUUGGAAUGAUAGCUAAGCGGGAUCGACUAUCACGUUCAGAUGUUGCCAUAGACGUUGAUAAUAUUGAAGAGGUUGAUGGUCCUCUGCGCACAAUUUCAAAAGAUAAUAUUGCUGGAUCAAACAAUCUGGUCAAUGAAGCAAAUACCCCGCUGUUAAAACGUAAAUCAAAGUCGUCUGUAAACGAAAAGCCGGAAGAGUUUAUUGCCAUGGAAGAAAUACCUGAAAGUUCAAUCAAUAAGCCAUUAUACCAACAAGAUAUAGUAGAAGCAUGUGAUGCAGUGUUGCAUGAACUUUGUAAUUCGGAAUUGUUUCGUUUUGUUAAAAAUAAUUUUCAAGAAAUGCAAAGACUAGUUGGAAUAGUGAAGGUUACAACAAGAAUAAUAUUCUGUAGGAAAGACCAGCAGAAACAACUCUUCUCCGCAUCCGAGUACAAAGAUUUGGAUGAAUCCUUUGAUUUUCCACCCUUCAAUCUUGCUGCUUGGGUUGUCUUAGUUGGCCAAUGGCCAUACAGAACAACGUGGAUUUUACAACAAGUUGAUGACAGGAAAGAUGCUGGAUCACCAUAUGAUGUGUCAACGUCUUUAUAUGACGUAUAUAAAGACGUUGAAUACAAUUUCACUCUUGUUCCUGGAUGGCGCAAACUUAUUCAACUAGAUGGCGAUCCAGAACACUUGGAAGAAUUUUUGAAAUCGAAUGAAAGUUGGUUAAACAGAGGAUUUCUUCAAAAAUUAUUGCCGUAUACAAUCAGCUUAGAUAGAUCUCUCAAAAGCAUUGUGUCUUGGACCUCAGUUGAACGAGAUUUGAAAAGUCAAGGUGUUUUGCCAUCAAGACCUUUAAUAAAUAUGGACGUCAACGACGUAAUUUUGUUAAUAAAUGCAGCCUGCAAAGGUUCAACGCGACUUGACGAAUACGCACAACGCUGCAUAGAGCAUAACAUUUGUGGUCCUGUAUUACUGCGUGGUGAUAUACAAGAAAUAAAAAAGCAUAUGGAUAUGUCUUUAGGUGACUGGACGCAAUUUUCUCAUGCAUUCCUGCAAUUGAGAGCAGUACAUCGCUUCAAAUUUCCUCACUAAUCUUCAUCUGUUUAAAAUAUAAUAUUAAAAUCACGUUAUUGGGUAUUCUUUCAAAAUUGUUAUAUUGCACACGCUUGUAUAAAUAUUUUUCUAUAUUUUAUUUCAUAUUUGUACACUUUUCACACAAAAAUAUGCAAAUGUAUCUCAUUGUUAUUGGUUCAGGUUCUUUAAUUAUGUUUUACCAAAUAUUACCAAUUCCUGAGUUUUACUUAUUAACCGUGCAUGGUGUAUGAGCUCGGCUACACAACACUGUCAAUUUCUGUUGUUUUAUGCUUGCCUUGACAAAUUUAGCACAAUUUUGUGUACUUUGAGUUGACGGCAAAUAACAAAUUUGUGAUUAAUAUUAUAUUCAUUAAUUUAAACUGAUUUAUAUCAAUUUGCAGAUAAAAUUUACAUCGUUAUUUAUGAACUGAGAAUAUAAUGCUACGUCACGGAAAAUUUGUAACUGCUACCAAAAGCUUACUUAUCCUUCUCGUAUUGUACAGCAUAGAUAGUCUGAAUAUUAUUCGAUAGAAAUUGACUCGGCAAAUCAUUUCUAAUUUCCUAGGCGUUGAUUCACUUCGACUAUGUUAUAAAUAUUGUUGUUUAUUUUAUCAUUUUCAUAUUCUAUAUGUAAAUCUAGUAUCUUGAGUUCAAAGACGAAACUCUUACUCUAAUUAAUAUUCAUCGUGCCAAAUAAAUUACUUUAAAUAUAAAAAAA